AUGAAACGAACGGAGUGGAGUGAAAUCCACUACUGGCGUUGGCUUGGCGUCCGUUGUGCCGGUUGGUGUGUAAACAGACCUCUUGAGAAACUGUACUGGCGUGGAGUACUCAAGUCGCCUUACCUGGCUAACACUCUACUUGGAGAACCCGAUGUGGAAGGAAAACGUACUGAAAAAGAACUUAGCAACGACCGCCCCGGUCCUCUCGUCGACAAACUACUCGAGCCGGAACGGAAAUUGUCUUCAGGACAAAACUAA